GGGAUGGAUUACAGACUUCCCGGUGCUGUCAGCAAUGGAGAAACAGUGUCUGCACACUCUGACACAGAAAAGGAGAAAGAGGAGGAGAAGGACCAGACCCUGGAGCGAGAGCAAUGGAACAACAAGCUGGAGUAUGUCCUGUCUGUGGCCGGGGAGAUCAUCGGCCUGGGAAAUGUCUGGCGCUUCCCCUACCUCUGCUACAAGAACGGUGGAGGUGCCUUCUUCAUCCCCUACCUCAUCUUCCUCUUCACCUGUGGGAUCCCUGUCUUCUUCCUGGAGACAGCGCUGGGGCAGUACACCAGCCAGGGAGGGGUGACAGCCUGGCGCCGGAUCUGUCCCCUCUUCGAAGGAAUUGGCUACGCCUCACAGGUCAUCGUUGUACUGCUGAACUUCUACUACAUCAUUGUCCUGGCCUGGGCCUUGUUUUAUCUCUUCAGUUCGUUCACCAUUGACCUCCCUUGGGGCAGCUGCGACCACGAGUGGAACACAGGGAACUGCAUGGAGCUUCAGAAGGCAAACUCAACGUUCAACAUGACCAACGAAAAUGCCACCUCCCCUGUCAUCGAGUUCUGGGAGAGGAGAGUGCUAAAGAUUUCUGAUGGUAUCCAGCACCUGGGCAGCCUGCGCUGGGAGCUGGCUCUGUGUCUCUUGCUGGCGUGGAUCAUCUGUUACUUCUGCAUCUGGAAAGGGGUCAAGUCCACAGGCAAGGUGGUGUAUUUCACAGCCACAUUUCCAUACCUCAUGCUGGUGGUUCUGCUGAUCAGGGGAGUGUCCCUGCCUGGGGCAUCCCAGGGAAUCCUGUUUUACCUUUAUCCCGACCUCAGUCGCCUCGGGGACCCCCAGGUCUGGAUGGAUGCAGGCACUCAAAUCUUCUUUUCAUAUGCAAUUUGUCUGGGAUGCCUGACAGCUCUGGGCAGCUAUAACAGAUACCAUAACAACUGCUACAGGGACUGCGUGGCCCUCUGCUUCCUCAACAGUGGUACCAGUUUUGUGGCCGGCUUUGCCAUCUUCUCCAUCCUGGGCUUCAUGGCGAGGGAGCAGGGCGUGCCCAUCGCCGAGGUGGCUGAAUCAG